AUGUCUUCCAAAAAGAACGCCAAUGGGAAGGAGGGCACCUCGGCGGACGAGCGCUUCUCGCGCAUCAAGCGUGACCCUCGUUUCUGGGAGAUGCCGGACCGCGAGCGAAAGAUCAAGAUCGACAAGCGCUUCACGUCCAUGUUCCACGAUGAACGCUUCAGCAUCAAAUCUACGGUGGACAAGCGGGGGAGACCCGUCGAGAGCACCACAGCAGACGACCUAAGACGUUUCUACCAGAUUUCUGAAGAUGGAAGUGAUGAAGACGACGAUGAGGAGAAGGAGGAGGAAGAAGAAAAUGAAGAUGAUGCUUCAGAAGAUGAGGAGGAUGAGGAUUCGGGCUCGGAGUCUGGAGAGGACAGCGGCCCAGACUUGGCUCGCGGCAAAGGCAACGUAGAGACCAGCUCGGACGAAGAUGAUGAGGACGAUGUGGAUGGCGUCCUGCAACGUGAGGAAGAGGAGAUCCAGCACGACUGGGGCGAACUCUGCAAGGACGCCGUGCGCAGCGAACAGGUUUGGCGCCGACUAGCUAUUUGCAAUGUGGACUGGGAUCGCCUAAAGGCCAAAGACCUACUGGCCAUACUUAACUCCUUCAAGCCCGAAGGGGGUGCCGUGCUCUCGGUCAAGAUUUAUCCAUCUGAGUUUGGCAAGGAGAGGCUGAAGUUGGAGGAGUCUCAGGGACCCAUGGAGCUCAAGGCCCUCCCGGAUGACUCUGAAGAUGACACAGAGGAUGACAGGUUGUACCGAGAGAAGAGGCGAGACUACCAGUUCAAGCGGCUCAAGUACUUUUAUGCCGUGGCCGAGUGCGACUCCGCCGCCACGGCCGCCAAAAUUUACCAAGAGUGUGAUGGAUUUGAGUACGAGAGCAGCUGCUCCGUGCUGGACCUCAGGUUCAUUCCGGAUGACAUGACAUUCGAGGACUCUCCUAAAGAUGUAGCGACCGACGUCAACUUGGCGACAUACACGCCAAAACUUUUCACGUCAUCAGCAAACGCCACUUCUAAGGUGCAGCUGACGUGGGAUGAGACAGACCAGGAACGUGUGAGUGCACUCAACAGGAAGUUCGACAAAAGCGAUCUUCUGGACAUGGACUACAAGGCCUACCUGGCGUCGUCCAGCGAAGAUGAGGAUGUCGAAGAAGUGCGGCCAGAGGAAGAAAAUGAGGACGAUGAGGAAGGCGAGCAGGAAAAUGAGAAGAAAAAUAUGACGAAGAAAACAAAGAGCGAGGACCAGAUUGAAAAGUAUCGGCAGUUGCUGCGGGGACUAGAGAGCAAACAAGAGCAGGAGGACAAAGACAUGGAGAUGGAGAUCACAUGGGUGCCCGGUUUGAAGGAGACGACAGAGCAGCUGGUGAAGAAAAAGCUAGAGCAGAAGGAGCCGCAGCUGACACCCUGGGAAGAUUUCCUGAAGAAGAAGAAAGAAAAGAAGAAGAAAAAAAAGAAUCAAAAGAAAGGCAACAAUGAGGAUGAAGACGAGCUGAGCGAUGACGAACUUCCUUCUGACGUGGACCUCGCCGACCCGUUCUUCAGCCGAGACACGCUAGGCGCAGACGUGAAGAACAAAAACAAAGACAAGAAAAAGAAAAAACAGGAUGAAGACGACGAUGAACGACAACGCAUGGACAAACACAAGGCGGAGAUGUCUCUCCUGAUGGACGACGGCGACGAGGACGAGCGGCAUAAGCAUUUCAACUACGACAAGCUGGUAGAGCAACAGAACCUGAGCAGGAAGAAGAAGAAAAAGAUGAUGAAGAACGGAGACGCCCUCCUCGAGGACAACUUCCAGGUGGACGUGUCGGACCCGCGCUUUGAAGCCAUGUUCACGUCGCACCUGUUCAAUCUGGACCCGUCGCACCCGAGCUACAAACAGACACGUGGCACACAGAGCAUCCUGGAGGAGAAACGGCGACGAAGACAGGAAGAGGAGGAAGAAGAAGAGCGCCGGGGCGCGGAGGAUGACGGCGGUGCUCGGGAGGCGUCCGAGAAACCCAACGAGCGCGACGUUAAGGCCGAGACGUCAACGGACGCUAGCUUGUCAUUGUUGGUUAAAUCCAUUAAGAGCAAAACAAAGGACUUUCAAGCACGCAAGAAAGCAAAAUUAUUUUGA